AUGAGUUCUCUUACUGGUCUUCGGUUUCUUAGACCCUACCUCUAUCAUGAUAUUCUUCCGGUAAAGCCAGCUGCAUAUGCUCGACUCUUUUCUACACAUUACUCUUUACGCAAUGAGAGGUGGAAGAGACUCGACUGCGAGACAGAACAGAGCAUUAAUAUUCGUAGGGUAAAGUUGAAGGAAAGUUUAGAUCCCACCGAAACUAGGAUUAAAAAACUUCAGGUAGCUGGCGCUCUUCAUUAUCCUAGAAUUCAAAAGGUUGGUAAAAUCGCAUCGGUGAAAAGUUGUCUUGAGAAAUGUGCGGAAAUGUUACCAGGUGUGGAUAGUGAUGAAGCCAUUGCUCUUACGUUGCAUGGUAGAAUUGAAAGUAUACGAAAGCUUGGCUCCAAGCUUGUCUUUAUAAAUAUAAUAGAAGAUGGUUAUUCAAUCCAAUUAGAAGCUGAAUCUGGGAUGAUUCUCAAGAACCAAGAUGUCAAUGUGCAGUUACCGAUUUCCUUCGAAAACUUGACCUACCUGAUGCAACGUGGAGAUUUUAUUUCUGCAACUGGUUACCCAAUUCGAAAAGAAAAUGGGUUUUCCACUCUCAAAUUGAUCGAAAUACCUAAUGUAUUGACUCCAAGUCUGGCGCCAGUACCUCAAAAGUUGGAGGAUCCAGAAAGUCGUAUUCGAAGUCGACAUCUUGAUCUUCUUGUCAACAAUGAUGUUGCUGCUACUUUACGACUUCGAUCCAAAAUCACACAACAUAUCCGUGAUUUCCUAGUUCAAGACAAUUUCCUCGAAUUUCAAACACCAAUCCUUGCCGACAAGGCUUCAGGUGCCAUGGCUCAACCAUUCAAAACGAAUGCAACGGAGUUCCCCGAAAAACAGUUGGCUCUGAGAAUAGCUCCUGAGUUAUGGUUGAAACGUUUGGUUAUCGGUGGUUUAGAUCGAGUCUUCGAGAUUGGUCCUGCAUUCAGAAAUGAAGGUCUUGAUGCGAUACAUAAUCCGGAAUUCACAACUUGUGAAUUUUACAAAGCAUACGCUGACCUCGAAGAUCUUAUUUCCAUGACCGAGAAGUUAAUCUCAGGCCUCGUAAGGCUUGUUAAUGGAUUGCGUGAUGAUCCUCAACAAGUCAAAUACAUGCCUUUUGCAAAUCUUCCACCCUUCGAAGAAGAUUUAUACACAAAACCCUUUAAACGAAUCGAAUUCAUACCCGCAGUCGAAGCUGCACUUGGGAAAAAGCUACCAGAUCUCCAGAAAAAUGCCGCCAGAAACGACCUUCUCGAACUCUUUACAAAGCAUAGUCUCGAAGUCCCCGAAAACCCAACCCUUCCUCGUCUCCUAGAUAAACUUGCAUCCCUCUACAUCGAACCCCAUUGCUCGGAACCAACAUUUAUCAUGCACCAUCCUUCCUCCAUGGCACCCCUUUCCAAAUCAUUCCUCGAUCCCAAAACCAAGCAGCUUGUCUCCGCGCGCGUGGAACUAUUCAUUCAGCAUCAAGAGAUAGCGAAUAUGUACGAGGAGGAAAAUUCACCAUUCCAACAAAGAUAUAAAUUCAGUGAACAGUUGAAGUUUAAGGAUAUAGAGAAUCCGGUGGAUAAAGUGGAUGAAGGAUAUAUCCAAGCGUUGGAAGUCGGAUUACCACCUACUGGCGGAUGGGGAUGCGGAGUAGAUAGAUUGGUUAUGUGGUUGAGUGGUUCGAAGAGAAUCAGUGAUGUUUUGCCGUUUGGCAAUUUGAGGAAUGUGGUUAAUUUGGGAGCAGUGAGCAAGAGGGAGAUAUAG